AUGAUUGGAAUAUACCACCUGGGACUGUAUUUGUUAUUAUUCGGGAGCUCCAUCGGCAAUUACACCACGUGGGAUUUCCAACUGCUAUGCACGGACAUGUAUCCACGAGUAUUCACGAGUUAUGUGCCUCGUGGUAAUUUGACUGGAGGGACUUUCACACCACAGCUUCGUAUAUCCAAUAUGCAGGAAUGCGUUAUGACAUGCUGUAAAAAAUCUUUGUGCAAUGUGGCAUUUAUGCACAACAGCACGUGUUACCAUAUAGAAUGUGAGAAUUCCAUGAUGUGCAUACCACUGUUCAGACCUGAAUUUGUAAAUGAUAAUCCACCUAGUAUGGUAUUGGUCAAACCUGUGGAGGGCAACAAAAUGUGGAGUGACUUGCUGGAAGUCAAUGAUGAUAUGGUUGGAACAUUGAGUACAGAUGGCACUGAACAGGAUCAAGUGUUAUUCUAUGAAGGAAAUAAAAACACUUGUACAGAUCAAUCGAGCUGUCUGGAUACCGAAAUUUGUGUGAAACAUGACAACACUGAUGUUGGAACCUGUCAAUGUCCUUUGGGUUUCAGAAGAAAUAUUGCAGGUAUUUGUACAAUCAUAGACGAGAUAGAGAACGCAGAGCUGGGUGUAACACCACAGGCAAAAGUUCAAACCUUAAAGGAUGCUAAUACAUCGAUGAAACCGACUGUGAAGCAACUACUAGUCUCGGCAGUUUCCAAGGAAGUGAGACUGCCAGAAAAUGAAGUCACGCUGUCCGCGUAUACCGUGCCCGCUGAACGAGGCAAUCAACAUUAUAAUUACGCUUGGAGUCUCCUCAGUCAGCCAGAGGGGCACACUGGAACGAUGACUGAUCAGAAUCGCGUUACCGUAAAGUUGAGUAACCUGUCGGAAGGCUUAUAUACAUUUAAGGUGGCUGUGAACAAUCCGAACGCUUACGGAGAAGCCUACGCCAAUGUUAGCGUUUUACCUCCGAAACGCAUCAACCAAGCGCCAAUCGCUAUAAUUUCUCCUGCCUCGCAGAUUGUUAAACUACCGAAUACAGGCGCAGUAUUAGACGGCUCGAAUAGUAAGGACGACGAUCGCGUUAUCUCUUAUCAUUGGGAACUACAGCAAGGUCCGAUUGGAUAUCAACCCAACCUUGUAGAUACACCCACACUCCAGUUAAAUAAUCUUAUUGCCGGCAAUUACACAUUCAAAUUAACGGUGGAAGAUUCUGAUCACAUUAGCAAUUCGACAAGUGCCAAUAUAACGGUCCUGAAAGUGAUUGACUAUCCUCCCAGCGCGAAUGCAGGACAGGACAUCAUCAUUUACCUGCCUCAGAAUACGCUGACGCUCAAUGGUAACUUGAGCACUGACGAUCGAGGCAUAGCGAGUUGGGAAUGGACGAAGAGCCCAUCCGAUCAAAAUAAAGCUGUGGAUAUGCAAAACACAAGAACACCUUACUUACAAUUGUCGAAUCUGGAAGAGGGAAUGUACACGUUUGUGCUUAAAGUAACAGAUAACUCCGAACAAUCUUCGACAGCGGAAGUGCACGUUUUUGUGAAACCUCCGACAAAUAAACCACCGAAAGCUGACGCAGGUGACGAUAUAAGCAUUGCAUUGCCGUUGACACGCGCUGUUCUGAAUGGUACAAGAAGUAAGGACGAUAUAAAGAUCGUUUUGUACCAUUGGGAGCAAGUAAGCGGGCCUAAUAAUGCUGAAUUCGCCGCCGUGAAUGAAUCUGUUACGAAUAUUACGAAAUUGACGAAGGGCGAUUACGUAUUCAAACUGACUGUUGUUGAUGAUAACGGAAAUAUAGAUUCGGAUAUAGUCAAUGUGAAGAUAACCCAAAAUAAAAACGCGCCUCCGAAAGCAGACGCUGGUGGCGAUCAAGUUAUGACAGCACCGAUCAGUGUAUUGAUCAUCAAUGGCUCGCAGUCAAGUGACGAUUUGAGAAUAGGACAGUGGUUGUGGACCAGAGAUCAGCCUAGUCUUGCGAUUGGUACUAUAGUUCAGGACACGGAUAAGUCACCAGUCUUGAUGUUAACCGAUGUAAUUGCCGGUAGAUACGUUUUUCGGCUGAAAGUAACGGAUGACCAGGGUCUGAGCAGUGAAGACACCGUGUCGGUAAUCGUGAAACCUGAUCCACAAUUAUUGCAUCUGGUAGAAUUAACGCUGAACAUCGGAGCCAGCAUGCUGACCGUGUCGCAGAAGAACUCGUUGGUGUUGAAACUACAGAUGUUAUUGCGAGAUGAAGCUUCGAUCGUCGUGCGCAAUUUGAGGGCAGAACCGCAUACCGGAAAGGCUGUCUUGGUGUUUUACGUGGAAAAGAAAGGAGGAAAGAUAGCGCUGCCGGGUCCGGAAGUGGUUAAAAGACUGAAGGAGAAAUUGCUUCAAGAUUCUGGUCUUUUACAGCUGUCGGUUGCUAAUAUCGAUACUGCUGUGUGCCAGAAUAAUUGUUCAGGUCACGGCGUGUGUGAUCAGGAAACGAGACAAUGCAUGUGCGAAGCAUUCUGGAUGCAGAACUUAAUACAGAAGUAUUUCGGCAACGGAGACUCCAAUUGCGAUUGGAGUAUUCUGUAUGUGAUAAUAGCAUUGCUAUUAUUAGUCGUAUGUUGGGUUGGACUUAUUUGGGGACUCGUUUGCUUGUGUCAGAGGAUAUGCGCCGGGAAAAGGCGUUCGCUUCGACCUAAGAAGAAACCAGCGCGUUAUUCUCUCUUGCAACCGGAACCAGAAGACGAUAGCAGUGCAUUUUCAACUCACAAGAUGGUGUUGUCAGAGUCCGACACCGAUUCCGACGAUGUCUUGUUUGAGCAUCGUAAGAGUAAGAACGGUAAUCACAUAAGAAACGGUAAAUCUCGAAAUGGAUUUAUCAAGGUUGGCCCUCGAGUGAAAACAUGAGGUAGUGAAUUUAUGAUUUAUGUUGCGAUACGUCUUGAAUUCUUCGCUAGAUACUACUAGAUUUAUGGGAAGUGUUGAAUGUUCGAAGUUCAAAGUUUGACAAAUUUAAUUAUUUGAGAAGUCUCUUCUCUCGAGUAUAUCGGCAACCCGUAUUAUAUUAUAUAGAAAGUGAAUACAAGAUAGAGUCGAGAUAUCACUCAUUUCGAUUUUGCGUAUUUCAGAGAUUCCGUGGCGACGGCGCAACGAUAAAUAGCGCACAAUUGUGUGUAAGUUCGGCCAAACUUAAAGUACUACUAGUCAUGAAGAGUGAAAGUCGAAUUAUGUACCUUACGAGAAUGAUAUGAUUCCUCAGAGAUUGGUAUUGGUUAAUAAUGUUCUAUGAGAGAGGUAGACAAACUCUGAGCAUUGUUCAUAGAUAUAUAUGCGAAAAUAACACACUACGUCACACACGUUACUUAAUUUAUUUUAAGUAUUAGUUUUAUUUCUGUGUAUUUUUAUCACGUGAUUCUGGCUGUGCCAGUGAUCGGUGAUGCGAUUGCAGAUGUCGCAUCGAACUAUUUAAGAGCUUGUCUAAGUAUUAUUACGGCCUUAGAAAGUAUUUAAAUUAAUAUGUAUAGUAAGCACUCUAUCACGUCUAUGUCGUUUAUAUGUACUGCUUACUCUUUAAUAUGUACAUUGUCGAUCUUAUUUUUACACUAUAUGGAUACUGAAUAAAAUUUGCUAUCCAUACGUAUCUCUUA